CUUCCUCGUGCCGGUUUCCGGCCGGGCCCCGCCGGGGACUUUGGUCCAUUCCCGGGUUCCUGCAUCAAUCAUCAACCAGGGGAGGGAGCGGCCGCUGCGGCCCCGCCGCCGUAAGAGUCCCCCGGGCGCCCCCCGUCAUUCACCCCCCGCCCCCAUCACCAUCAUCACCAUCAUCACCAUCAUCACCGCCAGCAUCAGCCCCUCCGCUCCUCCCCGGCCCCCCUGGAGCCGCCAUGUCCUCUGCCCCCCCGGCCAAGUGUUCCUUCAAGAAGCGGGGUAGCCUGCAGACCCCCAGCCCCGCAGGUGGGGGUCCAGACCCCCCCAGCUGAUGUUGUCCCACUCCCUGCAGAGCUGCGGGGGGGGCCAGGGGCCCGGCCCCUGCAGUCAGCCUGGUCCCUGCCCGGGACCCCCCACAGCCUGAAGCAUUUCCCGGUGGAUCUGCGCACGUCCAUGGAUGGCAAAUACAAGGAGAUCGCUGAGGAGCUGUUUUGCCGCUCGCUGGCCGAGAACGAGAUGCGCACGGCUCCCUACGAGUUCCCCGAGGAGAGCCCCAUCGAGCAGCUGGAGGAGCGGCGCCAGCGCCUGGAGCGCCAGAUCAGCCAGGACGUCAAACUUGAGCCCGACAUUUUGCUCAGAGCCAAACAGGACUUCCUGAAAAUUGACAGUGCUGCGGACUUACAGCUCUUCAAGGAGCAGAAUGACAGCCUGGUGGACCAUGUCCCCAAGGAGCGGGAGGCGCUGCUGGAGCGAGAAUUCCAGCGGGUCACCAUCUCUGGGGAGGAGAAAUGUGGGGUGCCCUUCACCGACCUGCUGGAUGCAGCCAAGAGCGUGGUGAAGGCGUUGUUUGUGAGGGAGAAGUACAUGGGGCUGUCCCUGCAGAGCUUCUGCAAGACCACGGCCCGGUACCUGCAGGAGCUCUCCGAGAAGCCCCUGGAGACCCGAGGCUAUGAGGAGGUGCCCGAGACCCCUGUGGCUGCUGAUGCCCCCGUGCACCCCCCGUUUGCUGAGCAGCACCCCUAUGAGAAGUGGGAUCCCCAGAACAUGCCGGCGGACCUGGGCUUUGGGCUGAAGAUGGUGGAUGGUGUCGUGCACGUCUACACCAAGCAGGACAUCACUGACAAGAGCACAGAGCUGGACCUGCCAUACCCCGACCUGCAGGAGUUCAUCGCCGACAUGAAUUUCCUCAUGGCUUUGAUCAUCAAUGGGCCCAUCAAAUCCUUCUGCUACCGCCGGCUGCAGUACCUGAGCAACAAGUUCCAGAUGCAUGUGCUGCUCAAUGAGAUGAAGGAGUUGGCGGCCCAGAAGAAGGUGCCUCACCGUGACUUCUACAACAUCCGCAAGGUACCUGGGGAUCCUGAGCUAGUCCCGGGUCCUGGGGGGUUCCUGGCUGGACUGGGGAGCUCUUGGAGGGUCUCAGGGCUGAGCAUCACCUCCCUGGUGCAGGUGGACACCCACAUCCAUGCCUCGUCCUGCAUGAACCAGAAGCAUCUCUUGCGCUUCAUCAAGCGGGCGAUGAAGAAGCACCUGGAUGAAAUUGUCCAUGUGGAGAAGGGGAAGGAGCAGACACUCAAGGAAGUGUUUGAGACGAUGAACCUCACAGCCUACGACCUGAGCGUGGACACACUGGAUGUCCAUGCGGACCGCAACACCUUCCACCGCUUCGACAAGUUCAACGCCAAGUACAACCCCAUCGGGGAGUCCAUCCUGCGGGAGAUCUUCAUCAAGACAGACAACCGCGUCUCGGGGAAGUACUUUGCCCACAUCAUCAAGGAGGUGAUGGCAGACCUGGAGGAGAGCAAGUACCAGAACGCAGAGCUGCGUCUGUCCAUCUACGGGCGCUCGCGGGAUGAGUGGGACAAGCUGGCCCGCUGGGCCGUCAGCCACCGCGUGCACUCCAACAACGUGCGCUGGCUCGUGCAGGUGCCCCGGCUCUUUGACAUCUACCGGACGAAGAAGCAGUUGGCCAACUUCCAGGAGAUGCUGGAGAAUAUUUUCCUGCCACUCUACGAGGCCACGAUCCACCCUGCCCAGCACCCAGAGCUGCACCUCUUCUUGGAGCAUGUGGAUGGCUUUGACAGCGUGGAUGAUGAAUCCAAACCAGAGCACCACAUCUUCAACCUGGAUAGCCCUUUGCCAGGAAACUGGGUGGAGGAGGACAACCCACCCUACUCCUACUACCUGUACUACAUGUAUGCCAACAUGACAGUGCUCAACCACCUCCGGCGGAAGAGGGGCUUCCACACCUUCGUCCUGCGCCCACACUGUGGUGAGGCCGGUCCCAUCCACCACCUCGUGUCGGGGUUCAUGGUCUCAGAGAACAUCUCCCACGGGUUGUUGCUGCGCAAGGCCCCUGUGCUGCAGUACCUGUACUACCUGGCGCAGAUUGGCAUUGCCAUGUCCCCGCUGAGCAACAACAGCCUCUUCCUGAGCUACCACCGCAACCCCCUGCCCGAGUACCUCUCACGGGGGCUCAUGGUCUCCCUCUCCACCGAUGAUCCCCUCCAGUUCCACUUCACCAAGGAGCCGCUGAUGGAGGAGUACAGCAUCGCCACCCAGGUGUGGAAGCUCAGCUCCUGCGACAUGUGUGAGCUGGCCCGCAACAGCGUCCUCAUGAGCGGCUUCUCCCACAAGGUGAAGAGCUACUGGCUGGGUCCCAACUACCUGAAGGAGGGUCCGGAGGGGAACGACAUCCGCCGCACCAACGUGCCCGACAUCCGCGUCAGCUACCGCUUCGAGACGCUGUGCCAGGAGCUGACCCUCAUCACGCAGGCGGUGCAGAGCGCCGAGCUGGAGCCCAUCCAGGAGGAGGACGUGCUCGCCAUCUCCCUGGGCACCCACUGACCCGCAGAUCCCCCCUGGGCUCCGCAGCCGUCCCCCCGCCCACUCCUGCUGCUGUCCUGGUGCCGCUGCAGGGCGCGGUGUUUGUUGAGUCCUCUCCGUUUCAUCUUGGUUUGGUCGUUUUAUGGGUGGUUGUUUUUGUCUUUUUCUGUUGUUUUUAACUGGGGUCUCCUUGCUGGCUUGGGCCCUGCUGGCUCGAGGAGGUGACAGAGGGGAGGGCACAGCCAGGGGGUCCUGGAUUUACCUCCCAGUGACAAGUCGGGGUCCUGGGAGCAGCUGUGGUGACAGUGGGGGAGUGCCAGCCCAGCCCCACCUGGGUCCUGAUGCCCUGGUGCCCUCUCAGCCUGCUCUUCCACCCCGUGGGGACAACCAGAGGAACCCAGAGCCGAGGUCUCUGCUGUCAGUGGCCCAGAGCACAGGGGGAUGGUGCCUGCUGGGGGAUGCUCCAUCCUCAUCACCACAGGGAGGAAGGCAAGGGGUGGCAUGGGGAAUGUUUCAUCCUCACCACCUCAGGGAUGAAGGAGAAGGGGACCAGGUGACAAUGUGUCCCUGUCCCCAACACUCCCAGGAGAUGUUUGUUUGUGGCCCAGAUCGGGCUGGACCAGGCUUCUCCCAUCCCGGUGGGGCAUUGCCCCCUCUAUUCCUGCAGUCUCCCAUCCCAGUGCUGCUCAUCUGCAUCUGGAGCCGGCAUUCCUGGGAAAACCCGAUGGCGACUAGAAAAACAACAAAGUUUUGAGGGAAAAAAAAAAAACCUCAC